UAUAUAAAUAUGGAGAGAGAGAGAGAGAGAGAGAGAGAGAGAGAGGGGAAGGGAGGGAGGGAGGGAGAGGCCAGUUUUCCAGUGAUUAGUUAAACAUUUUGGGCAUUUUACGAAUCUCCAGUAGAGUGAAUAUUCUGCCAAUUACAUUCCCAAGCUUCAAUGGGUGAUAUGGAAGUGAUGACAACUGGCAUAGAUGUUCAAAAUAAUAAAAGCAGUGAACGUCCAAAUAAUUUUGGUCCAGCAUUGCCAAGUUUCCUUGUGCAGCUCCCCGAGAAACUUCGAAAGUGCCUAAAGUCGCAAUUUAAGAGAUCAACAAAAGCUGAUGACAAAGCGAAUUCUGCAAUCCCCAUCACAGGAAAGGAUAAAACUUCAUCCACUGCUUUGGAGGUCAAUCUAGAGAAGCAAAUUCAAGCUUGGAAAGAAAAUCCUGUUUGGGCUGAUCAAUCCCCAGAUAUAAAGGUCAGCGUACCAAAAGGUUCUCUGUGCAACCUGAGUGUGAAAGUCGAUGUCGGGUUGCCCCCAGAUGCAGUAUAUGACAUUGUCACAGACCCUGAUAAUAAGAGGGUCUUCAAGAAUAUUGAGGAAGUAUUAUUCAGAAGGGUCUUGGUUGAUGAAGGUUUAAGGCAGGUGGUUGAACUAGAGCAAGCCGCUUUAUGGAGGUUUCUUUGGUGGUCAGGAACCAUCUCAGUUCAUGUUUUAGUAGAUCAGAACAGAGAAUAUCACACAAUGAAAUUCAAGCAAGUGAAAACAGGAUUUAUGGAAAAAUUCGAAGGCUGCUGGAAAGUAGAACCUCUAUUUGUGGAUGAAAAUUUGUGUCAUCCCUUCAGACCUAAAACUACAGCUGAUUAUAUGUCAUGCACCAGAGGCAAAGGAAGGAUGGGUUCAACAGUGACCUUAGAGCAGCUCAUCCAACCAUCCCUUGUUCCGCCCCCUCCCAUUUCUUGGUAUCUUAGGGGAAUUACCACGAGGACGACUGAGAUGCUGAUAAAUGAUCUGCUCGCUGAAACUUCCAGAAUUAGGGGAGUUUUUGACACUAAAAGUUCUAAUGAGGAUCUUGGGAUAUAUCACGGAGUAUCUGAAGGAUGCGAAGUGGAUGAAAUAUGUGACAUUAAAAAAAGAUGGGCCUUGCAUAGAAGAAAUGCAAAGCAAUGUCGUAGAAGGUGUCUUUGAGUAUGAAAUCAACUGCUUGCGGUUAAUUUGUAUCCACAAUUUUCAUGUGUACUUUUGGUCCUACUUGCAAUUAAUAUUAAUGUUGUUAAGCAACA